AUGUUGAGCCGAGCUUCAUGUAACACAUCAGCAAAGGCCGACAUCGUGGUGCUGGUGGACGGCUCCUGGAGCAUCGGUCGCAGCAACCUCAAACACAUUCGUAGCUUCAUCUCUCGCAUGGUCAGCGUCUUCGACAUUGGCCCUGACAGAGUCCAGAUUGGUCUGGCUCAGUACAGCGGUGACCCAAAGACCGAGUGGCACCUGAACGCUCACCCGACCAAAGAGUCGCUGCAGGAGGCCAUCGCUUACCUGCCGUACAAAGGCGGGAUCACCAUGACAGGUGAUUUCUCAAGCUCUUUGUUCGAUUAA